AUGCAGCCUGCAGAGACAGAGCAGAUGGCUACCUCUCAUGUCCCUUCCCUCAUCCUCUCAAGGCCUGCCCUGAAGAGGAGGCUCUGUGGCCUUGUCCACAUGCCUGUGCCCUGCCAGGGCCUGGUGAGGCUGAUCAACAGUAGCUGUGUUUGUGCCAUAUGGCAGCUCGUGGGCGGCGGGGCUCCGGCCUCCUGCCGCACGUCGGCUUGCUCGGAUCCCGCGGCGCGCACACCUGCCUCCCCUCCACACCGCUGUUGGCUCGCACCUGCCCCUCUCCUCAGGAAUAACGGCCUCUUGUUUCAAACUCCUCUACUGACGCCGCACCCCCGAAACCCCGCCCGGCCGCGCCCGGCCCUGCGGAACCCUGGGUCGCGGCCGCGUUUCCGGGGGAGGGAAGUAGGCGUCGGACCCCGCGUCUCACGGCGGCUCCGGCGGCGGAAGCGGCGCAUGGAGGCCCCGGCCCUGGGUGCCCGCGCGCCGCCCGGUUCCCGGCCCCCCGGCCCCGUGCCCGGCGCCCCGAGUCCUUCCACGGUAACGCCCCGUCCGGCCCGUCCCUUUGAUGACGCCGUCUCCCGGGUGCACCCCGUAGGCGGUGAAGGCGACGCAGCCUCGAAGAAGCAGCGGAAGAAGAAGAAACCCCGGAACGGGGCCUCUGUGGCGGGUGGCGGCGGGAAGUCCUCAGAAAAGGCCGCCCCAGCGGAGCCCCCGCUGAGUGCUGAGGCCCAGGCGGAGCAGCUGGCUCAGGAACUGGCCUGGUGUGUGGAGCAGCUGGAGCUCGGUCUCAGGACCCAGAGGCCCAGCCCCAAACAGAAAGAGCAGGCCACUGGGGCAAUCCGGACCCUGCACAGCAAAAGAACCCCCCUGCCCCGGAAGAGGCAGCUGAUGCGUUCCCUGUUCGGGGACUACAGGGCUCAGAUGGAAGCAGAACGUAGGGAGGCGCUGCGUGCUCUCAGGGCCGCAGCCCACUCAGCACAGGUGAAGCCUGUAGAUGAUGCCACCAGAAAGAAGAGCCCAAGGGUCUGCAGGCCCCGCCCAAUAGGGGCAGCCAAGGCCGUCCUGGACACUCCCGAUGAAGAGUUUAGGUUCAAUUUUUUUUAGCCCGCUCUCCCUCAUCCUGGAACAAAGCCCCUCCCUAGGGUGGUGUGGGAGGUUGUCGUAGGUAGAGCCUUUCCAGGAAUGCUCUGUUGGGUCGUUGUGGGUUUGGUCUUUCCUUAGCUGCUCGGUGAAUCUGACGUCAUGGUCACUGGGCAGAAGUAAGACCAGUGUAUGGAGGCACUGACAGACAAGCACAGAUCCCACUUGUAGGUUUUCUAAUGAAAUAUUCCUCCUGCCAGAAGAGAGAGGUAUUUAGAAAAGCUUCUGUAAUUAAAUGAAGUGUUUAGUGUGUUGUCAAAGGAAUAUUCUGUUUGGUCUUUAUAGUUAGAUUAAGUAGGCCUUGAUAACAAGCAUUAGUGAGGAAACUGCAUAAUUGUACCCUGGUGCUUACUUUUGAAAGGAUGCCCUAUCAAACAAUUGUUUGCUUUUUGCCAUUAUGCCACAUUGCCCUAAUAAAUCUCUAAUUUUUAUUGGAAAAAGUAAAAAUAACAAGUGAAAGAGUGCUGACCAUCUGUGUUAGAGACGUACGGGCAAGGUGGGUCUGGCACUGCUGGGUCUAGACUCACAGUGCUUGGAACUUUGUCUCUCAGUUCUGUUCCUGAGUGAGCAUAGUCCUCAGGGGCUUUGUUAUUAGGAGCAAAGAGCUUCUUGCCCCUGCUAGUUCCAGCCGAAGACCUGGAUUAAGUCUCAGCAGUCCAUCUCUGUGAAGGUAGGCCACCCCAGGGGCCAGUCCCUGGCCCUGCUUUUUUGAAUCAGGCUUUCCAGGUGACUUAAUCCUCCUCCAUGGCUUUGAUGACAUCUUUGCUGAUGUCUUCCAAACUUAUAUUCCAGACCAGAAUGAUAUGUGGACCCGGCUGCCUAUUCAACAUCUUUUCUUGAAGGCCUCUUAGCCAUUUCAAACUUGUGUUUAAAGCACCCGAUUAGCCCUCAAGUCUUACCUUUUUUGUUUUUCAGUGAAUGGCACUACUGCUCACCUACAAGAUUAGGUUAAAAACCUAUAUGUCAUCCUCGGUUUUUCUGUCUCCCAUACCAUAUGCCCAAUCCUUGAGCUACUUAUAUCUGCUUGACUUGAGCUACUUGACUUCUGCAUUGGCCUCCUGGCAGUGGUCUUCCUUCCAUCCACUUUUGCCUCCUGUCUGUCCACAGCAGCUGGAGUGGUCCAUGUAAGUCAGAUCGCAUUCCUCCUGACCCAGUGGUCUUGUGGUACCUAGGAUACAGCAUGCAGUCUGGAGUGUGGUAUGUAAGACCUUAUGUAGGGCCUGAAUGUGUUGGCACUUGACCACCUCUCUGUUAGCCUCACUGGCGUCCUCUCUGUGCCUGAAAUCACCAGGCUGAAGUCUGCUUCAAGUGCUUCCUCCUUGCUGUUCCUUUUCUCUGGGUUGCUCUUCCUAGAUGACUGGCUUCUGGAAAAGCACACAAUUCCUACCAAGAAAGUAAGUCUACUCUGCCAUUCACAGAUAAGGCCAGUUGUGAAGUUAAUAGGAAACUGUUCCUCUGGAGGUCGCUGUGCAGAUGGAUGUGUAACCCCUUUCUCCGCAUGGCAUUUUCUUUCUUUUGAGAAAUCCUGUUUAUUAAGAUCAGGCAUUCAAACCCUUGCUGUUAGAAAUCAUCCGUGGGAAGGAAGCAUCUGCACUCACAGACGGAGUUGCCUUGGUUUACAGUAUAGAUGCCAGCUUCCGAAAAGGGGUUCCUGGGGCAUUCGGCAUCUGAACUUUGUGAUUCCCAUUUCACUUUCUAGACCUGGUUCUGACCUUUUUUAUACUCACCCCUGCUUUUCUGUGAGCCCAUCAAACAUUGCUUCAUUCAGAUGUCACCAAAACUCUACCCUCCCCUCAAACCCUGUAGUAAACCCACCCAUUUUGUGAGAUGCCCCAUGUUACUGGUGUGCUGUUUCCUUUGUAGGAAAUGACUGGAGUGUCCCUUAGUGUCUUUUGAACUAGGCUACUCCUAUUCUUUGGGGUUUUUUUGUCACCACAGAGCAACCCCCUCUUCGUUUUGACAAUUUGCCUGUGUCCUCAGGCCCCUUUCUCCCUCUUCACUGCUCUGCUCUGCGGUGGGCUGACGCCUGCAAGCUUGCUGAGAGGCACUGGUAGAAGUUUAAAGAGUCUUUUUGCUUUGGUGGUGUCUCCUUCAUGGUUUCGCUUCCCUCCAGGGCUUUGUUAAAAUCACCUAACCCUUGGUUCUUCCAGCCUAAUGGGCCAGAUCAGGGCUUGGACUGGGACUGGGUUAGAGUGAGGUGCUGGUUAGAAGGUGAGGGUGAAGGGGUUUUGAGAAUGAGGUUUGGGUUACAGUUGGUGUUGGGGGGAGGUUACGGUUAGGGUUGAGGUUAGGGUUUGGGACUUAGGGUUAGGGUAAGGGUUAGCCCACAGCCCUUGCUCCCCUGUUGUGAUCUCUCUGUCAGUGCCUCUAAUCUCAAGCAUGUCCUUAACCUGGUGUUGCUCAACCAAGGGCUUCUGCUCAGUGUCGUCAUCCUCAGGCCCAUUUUCCUUGGGAACUUGUUCAAGAUUCCCCAUCUGAUUUUUUUUAAGAGGUCCAGAGAGACCUGGCUUUCCAGUAUGUUCUUUAAAUCCUGUGACCCCAAGUUAACAAGUGAAUUUUUCAACAACCUUUGAUUUUCUUUUUUAAGCAUUUUGAAUGCAUUGUAUAGCAGAGAUAUUUCUGUUUUCUUGUUUGUUUCACAAGCUGAAAAGUUUCACCUAUCCUUUUCUUUGUUACUUUUGAUAAGUGUACCAACUCUAGGUCCAUCUGUUUUCCAUGAACCUGCCAUCUUUUGCUCUCUGAACAAGAGAAGUCAUAUGCCACCAAGAUACCAUGAGGCCUUUAGUCCUAGGACAGUGGUCUUAAGGCCUUGGGCCUGCUAGCAACACACACCCAGUUACCCUGCGAAUUGCUCUCAAUGGCUAUAGGUGCGGGUGAGGCCUCCACAUUGGGCUGUAACCUGCUGAUGUUUCCGAGCUCACCUGGUAAGGAUCAGCAACCUCUUUCUUCAUGUCCUUGCCCAACCCUUCCAUUUGGAGACACAUUUCAACCUGUGCCAGUGGUCUCUCUGGGAGAGAACAAGGGAGUAAAAAGCAGGGGAGCCAUCUCUCCUUGCGCAGCCUCUGCUUGGCCUCAGACCCUGAACACUGGCCUUUAUUCACGCCCCCAGUGACUGAUGAUGUGAGCAUCACAGUGGGGUCCUCACAGCUGUGCCUCAGUCAAGGAAAGGCCCUGCCUCUGACUGGGGGACACCCCCAGCCCUCUUCACCGUCCCUACCUCCUCAGGGAAGCAUAAGGGACUUUUCUUCCCAAGGGACACCUAUAGGGACUGCCCAUGCAUCGUGACCUCCCGGGACUCCCAGUGCCUCAUCUGAGACAGGACAAGCCCGCAGAGCGCAGCUUCCUGAGAUGCUAACAUGAGAAGCGAAUGGAAGUUCUGUUGGGUGUGGAAGUGACUUCCAGCUUUAAAUGUGAGUCUGAGUAGCCUGAAUUGUUGUUUUUCAGGCAACAAACUGUACUGAAAGAAUUGUGGUAGUGUUUUUAAAAGUUUAUGAGCAGGGUAUCUAUGUGAUUUAACAUCCAAACAAAGACAUUUUAGAGGGUGGAAAAUGAUGUUACUAGCAGUCAUGCUAAGAUAAAUGGCGUAAUGCAGGACUUGCCAAUCAAUUUCAGAAUUAGGAUCACUGCAUAAAGCAGCAUCUACCUACAGGGGUUUAUAGUCUCCCAGCAUCCCUGGCUCACUGUAUCCACACAGGGAGGUCUUAGGCAUUUUAUGUCCAUAUUAAAGCCCCAUGUCUCCUAUUGUGAGGUGUCUCCUCUUCUAUCCUCGUUCCCCUUCUCGGUUACAUUGUCAUCCAAACUCUGAAAUGGUGACCUGGAGCCAUGGUAUGAGUGAUGUGUUAUAAACCUCUGAAGGCUUAAUCAGAAUACAUCCCACCUUUAUUACAGCUUUAUAAAACCUAUAAGUAAAAUCACUCAUUCCUGUC